AUGACAACAUCGUCUAAAAGUCCUUGCAGGAUAUCUGGCUGCAAAAGUGUUGGUAUAUACAAUUGUCAAGGGUGUCAACGAUCAUUCUGCAAAAAACAUGUGACUGAACAUAAUAUGGAGCUUUCAAAAGAAAUGGAUAAUGUUGUAAAUCAUCACGAUCUUCUUCAACAAGAACUGACUCAACAAAACGCCACAUCAGAUAAUCACCCGUUGAUGAAAGAAAUUAAUGAUUGGCAGCGCGAAUGUAUGGAGAAAAUAAGACGUACAGCUGAAGAAGCUCGAUGCAAACUCACUGAGCUAAUUACUGAUAAUACGCAAUCCCUUACACGACAGCUUAAAUUAGUUUCAGAUCAAUUAAAAACUAGUAAAGAAAAUGAUGAGUACUCGGAAAUAGAUCUAACUCAAUGGAUGGAUGUACUGACAAAUCUCAAGAAGCAAAUUGAAACACCCUCAAAUAUAAAGUUACGAAAAAUGAAUCAUGAAGCAUGGCUACAACGACUUGAAAUCACAGCAACUUCAAUGAUUUCAUCAGAUAAGUUUGAGAAAACAUGCGGUGCUGUUAAGAUCUUAGCAAACGGUAGUGUUGUAGAGCAUAGUGGAGCAGUUGGAUACGGGGAAGCUCGAGGUUUUGCGGCGUAUUCACACGGAGUGCAUAAAUUCGGUUUAAAAAUCGAAAGAACGACAAACAACCAUUGGAUGUUCUGGGGAAUUAUAUCUCAAAAUACUUCAAUGCAAGUCAACUCUUAUUCCUCAAAGUCAAGUUAUGGAUGGGCAAAGAAUCAAAAGCAAGUCUUUUUGAACGGUGGAAACAAUAUAGGUUACAAUGAUUAUGACGGUGAUGUUUGUGAAAACGAUGUACUUUACUUGACAUUGAACUGUGAUGAGCGAUAUAUCCAACUUGAGAAUGAACGUACUGAGAAAAAGUUCACUAUACCUAUUGAUUUGACAAAAUGCCCAUUCCCAUGGCAAUUACAUAUCAAUUUAUAUAGCGCGAACGAUCGUAUCAGUAUAUUACAGAAUGAACUAUAA